AUGCCGACUGCAGUGCGGAUUUGCGUCUGCGGCGACGAGAGCACGGGCAAGUCGAGCCUGAUUGCGGCUCUCGUCAAGGACCAGUUCAUGACCACCAAGAUCCAGCCUGUCCUGCCCCAAAUCAGCAUCCCCCCGAGCAUUGGAACGCCGGAGAAUGUCACCACCACGAUUGUCGACACCUCGGCCCGACCCCAAGAUCGAGAGACCCUGCGCAAGGAGAUCCGGAAGUGCAACGUCAUCCUGCUCGUGUACGCCGACCACUACAGUUACGAACGCGUUGCGCUGUUCUGGAUGCCCUACUUCCGGUCGCUGGGCGUCAACGUUCCCGUCGUCUUAUGCGCAAACAAGUCGGAUCUCGUGGGCCAGGGCAGCACGUCGCAGGUGGUGGAGGAGGAGAUGAUGCCCGUCAUGGCCGAGUUUCGAGAGAUCGACUCGUGCAUCAGGACCAGCGCAAGGGAGCAUCGCAACGUCAACGAAGUCUUCUUCCUCUGCCAGAAGGCCGUCACCCACCCGAUUGCGCCCCUUUUCGACUACAAAGAAGGCCGCCUCAAGCCCUCCUGCGUCGACGCCCUGAAGCGCAUCUUCUACCUCUGCGACAAGAACCAAGAUGGCUAUCUCGAUAACCAAGAAAUGCGAGACUUUCAGUCCCGUUGCUUCGACAAGCCGCUCACAGACGAUGACCUCGACAACAUCAAGCUUUCCAUAUCAAAGUCAUUGCGGGGUGCAGUGGACCUAUCAAAGGGCAUCGACCUGAAAGGCUUCGUGCAGCUGAACAAGAUGUAUGCCGAGAAGGGCCGGCACGAAACCAUCUGGAUCAUCCUGCGCAAGUUUCAUCAUACUGACAGCCUGAGCCUCGAGGAAAACUUCCUCCAUCCAAAGUUCGAGGUGCCCGAGUUCUGCUCGGCCGAGCUCAGUCCCGCCGGAUAUCGGUUCUUUGUGGACUUGUUCUUGCUGUUCGACAAAGACAACGAUGGUGGUCUCAAUGACCAAGAGCUCGAGGCGCUCUUUGCCCCCACGCCAGGGCUGCCCCCCUCCUGGGCUGACUCUGCAUUUCCAUCUUCUACAGUUCGAAACGAAGGCGGUUACAUCACCUUGCAAGGCUGGCUAGCUCAGUGGAGCAUGACGACGUUCCUGGAACCCAAGACGACACUGGAGUACCUUGCCUACCUCGGCUUCGAGCCUCCCAAUCCAAAGGACCCCAUCACCUCCGCCCUCAAGAUCACAAAACCUCGCAAGAGGAGAAGACGACCCGGGCGCGUCGAGAGAAAUGUCUUCCACUGCUAUAUUCUCGGCGCGGCAGGAGCCGGCAAGUCUUCUCUGCUGGAUGCCUUCCUGAACCGUCCGUUUGACGAACUCUACCAUCCCACAAUCAAACCUCGGCGCGCGGUCAACAGCGUGGAGCUGCCUGGUGGAAAGCAGGUAUACCUCAUUUUCGAGGAGCUUGGAGAGCUGGAGCCUGCUAUUCUAGAGAACCAGGCCAAAUUGGAUGCUUGCGACCUUGUCUGCUACGCUUACGACUCGUCCGACCCCGACUCCUUUUCUCAUAUUGUCGACAUACGGAAAAAGUAUCCACAGCUGGAUCAGCUGCCAUCUGUUUACACUGCGCUCAAGGCAGACAAGGACAAGACCAUGCAGCGGAGCGAGCUGCAGCCGGACCAGUACACGGCGUCUCUGAACAUGAGUUCCCCGCUGCAUGUCAGCGUCACAUGGAACAGUAUCAGUGAGCUCUUCGUCGCCCUCGCCGAGGCGGCGGCGAACCCGAGCACUGCGUUUCCCAAGAGCGACGACGACACACCAGACAGGACGAGCCUGUACCUUACGCUAGGAGCAACGGCGUGCGCAGCAAUAGCGGCUGUCAUGAUAUGGAGGCGUUCGACGAACACCAUGUAG